GGUCAGUCCAUUUGGUUAAACACUACCUGUCCACCAGAUGGCGCCAUGUUGCUGUUCGUGCUGGAGAAAGAGUAGCUGAGAAAGCAGACGGAGACAAUUGUUACCAAUAUCAUCGCGGGAAAUAUUACAAGGUAAGUUCUGACAGUUUUCCUUGAGGCUGAGGCUGAAGGCUUACUCUGGAUGGACCGCCGGAGUUUCUGCCGGAGAAGGUACCCGAACCUGGCUGUGGUGGCACGUGUGAUGGAUGAUGAGUGCGGAGAUUUUAUGGUGACAAGAGAGGUCAGACCCGCUGGUUACAUGGUCCUAGGAGAGCACGAUGAUAGAACCGCACCACAGUUUCGCAACCGCAAAGGCAGAGGUUCCCACAAGGCUCGAUCAUAUGACAGGUCCCGAAGAGACCGCCAAAGGGGUAGUCACUCGGGAGGCUUCGGGGGACCUGGGCCGCGAUCUAGGCUUGAGGACACUGAUGGAGAUGUCAGCAUGAGCGAUAACUCUCAGGAUAACAGCACCCAGCACAGAUUCAACCCGUAUGGAAGACCUUUUCGGAAAGGAGGAGAUGGACGUUUUGACAGAGAUAGGCGUCAAGGUAAAGGGGCAGGAGGUGGUAGAGGAGGAGGAGGCAACUUUCGGGGAGACCGAAGUGGAGGAGGCAGCAGCGGAGGAGGAGGAGGAGGGAAAAACCGGUCAGGCUGGUUCAAAGUGACGAUACCACAUGGAAGAAAAUAUGACAAGAAAUGGUUAUUGACAGCUCUUCAGAACAUCUGUACAGUUCCCUUCACACCUGUUCAGUACCACGUCGACCACAGCAGAGUCCACUUCUAUGUGGAUGAUUCGCCUACUGCCAAUGCCUUGCACAAGUGUUCUCACAAGAUCACAGACACAGAUGGUUACAAGGUGGAAGUGCAUGUAAACCCGAGUGCUCCACCAUCGUUCCUCCUCUCUGACCUGAAGCCUGAGCACUUGGAGCACCUGAAGCAAUGCAUGGGAAAACGUUUUGAUGUCUCCCAGCAGGCACUGGAUUUGAACAACAUUCGAACAGAUCCAGACCUGGUUUCCCGAAACAUUGAAGUCAUCUUGAAUAGGAAGACAAACAUGGAAGCUGUCAUCAAGAUCAUUGAAGAAAACAUUCCAGAGUUGACAAGCUUGAAUCUGAGUAACAAUCGUAUUCACAAACUGGAUGAACUUGCUGAACUGGUUACCAAAGUGCCUCGUCUGAAAACCCUGAAUCUUUCCCAGAAUGAGCUGAAGUCCGACCGGGAACUGGACAAGUUGAAAGGCCUGAAGCUGAUGGAGCUGUAUCUCAACAGGAACCCUCUGUGUGACCUCUUCAAGGAUCAGGCCUCGUACAUCAGUGCUGUGCGGCAGAGGUUUCCCCGGCUCCUCAAACUGGAUGGUCAUGACCUCCCUCCACCCAUUGGAUUUGAUGUGGAAACCCCCACCACUAUCCCCCCAUGCAAGGGCAGCUGUUUCGGCUCUGAUGAAAUCAAAGCGCUCAUCCUUCGGUUCUUACAACAGUACUACAGUAUAUACGACUCAGGGGACAGGCAGCCGCUCCUGGAUGCUUACCAUGAUGGAGCAUCGUUAUCCCUCACUACGCCUUACUCCACCCAGAACCCCUCCAGGAGCAGUUUGGGCGAGUAUCAUAAAGACAGUCGAAACCUGAAGAGACUCAAAGACUCCACGAUAAGAUUUCGGCUUCUGAAGCACACACGACUGAAUGUGGUUGCUUUCCUCAACGAGUUGCCCAAGACUCAGCACGACAUUGCCUCCUUUACUGUUGACGUGAACACCUACACUAACACACUGCUGUCCUUCACAGUGAGUGGAGUCUUCAAAGAAGUUGCUGUUGAUGGUAAAUCCAGAGAGUCCACCAUGGCCUUCUCUCGAGUGUUCAUCACAGUCCCAGCAGGAAAUACUGGUCUGUGCAUCGUAAAUGACCAGCUUUUCAUCCGGAUGGCGACGACAGAGGAGAUCCGCCGAGCCUUCGUUGCGCCCGCCCCGACUCCAUCCUCCAGCCCCGUCCCCACUCUGACUGCACCGCAGCAGGAGAUGCUCACAGCCUUCUCACAGAAGUCAGGCAUGAACCUGGAAUGGUCCCAAAAGUGUCUGCAAGACAAUGAGUGGGACUUCAACCGGGCGGCACAGAUUUUCACUCAGUUGAAGACGGAAGGCAAAAUCCCAGACAUUGCGUUCAUAAAAUGAAGAGUUGAAUCAUAGAUUUGUUAAAUAAAUCUGCAGUAAUUUUAUUUGUCUUUUGUUUUAUCCUUUACUCUUUGCCUUUUCUUUUAUUGAAAAUCUUGUAGAAGAAGUUUACUUACAUAGACUGUGGUUUUGUUUUAACAGCCAAAUGUCAACAGUUUGACCGAAAGACUGAUGUUAUGCUACAAUAUUCAAUUGUCAUGGUAACCUUAGUUUUGGUUAUUUGUAUAGAAAUCACUACAUGUUUUCAUAGGAAUAAAGACAAAUGGUGAACAGUU